CUUGUUUUACGUAGCACUUUUACAUCACUGCGCUUGCUUCCAAUAGUAACCGAUCACAAGUAGGCACAGUCUACCUCGGCAGCCCUCCCUGUCUUUUCUAUAUGGAUGAAUGUUAACAUACGUAAAUUAUGUUAUUUUUUUUAGCAAACUAAUUGUUAAUAAUGGGUUGAGUUUUAAUCACGCGGUGUAAUAAGUACAGACAACGACAUGCUGUUCCUUAGUAUGUAUGAGUGUUUUUGCAGGAAAUUAAUGUUCAGAAUAUAAAGAAUAUAUAAGAAGCAUGAUGUGGCCAACGUCUAAGGGGGAAUGCGUAUUCCCUAAUGUUCAAGCUAAUGGCAUCGAAAAAACAAAUAGCAGUAGUCUGCAGCAAGCUCCUUUGAGUAAAUUAUUUGCACCUAAUUCUAAUGAUAUUAGGGAGUUUGUUUGUGGAUGGGGUGCUGCUGUCAUUAAUGUUACGGUUACAUAUCCAAUCAAUAAGAUUGUAUUUCGACAGAUGUUGGAAGGUAUACCAUCAGGUACAGCUGUCCAUCAGCUAUCUCAGGAAGGCAUAAAGCUACUUUAUCGCGGGAUUCUACCACCACUAUGCCAAAAAACGUUAUCCUUAAGUAUAAUGUUUAGUGUAUACGAAGGCUGUCGGCAAAGACUAUACCUAUUAACAGGUAAAAAAGGUUUAUCAAAAAUAUUGGCUGCAAAUAUCGCGGGUACAUCGGAAGCAAUUUUGAUGCCGUUAGAAAGAAUACAAACUCUGCUGCAGGAUUGGCGUUAUCAUAAUAAAUUUCGAAAUACUUCUCAUGCAUUUAAGUAUAUAUUAAUGAACUAUGGUGUUUUAGAGUGUUAUCGGGGGAUGGUCCCCAUUAUCUAUAGGAAUAGUUUCUCCAAUAUUAUGUUCUUUAGUUUACGCGAUCAGUCAAAAAUUUUAAUGAAUAAGCAUGACACGGUGAUAGUCAAUUUUAUUAGUGGUGCAAUAAUUGGUGGUUUCACAAGUACUGUAUUCUAUCCAUUAAAUGUUAUAAAAGUACAUAUGCAAUCGAAAAUUGGUGGAGAAUUCGAAAAGUUUACAGUAGUAAUACGAGAGAUAUACGUUUCGAGAAACAAAAGCUUGUCUCAUUUUUAUAAAGGAGUGCAUUUGAAUUAUAUGAGAUCAUUUAUUAGUUGGGGCGUUAUAAAUGCUUCUUACGAUUUCUUGAAAAAAAUAGUUUUUUAAGAAAGGAAGCAUUAGGUAGUUAAAUUUUUUAAUUGAUAUAAAAAAUUUACAUAUUCUGGGAAACACAAAGUAGCAGUUACAUAUUGGCAGUUAUAAAUAUCCUUUUCAAGUAUAUAAUAGUUAAAAACACUCCUUGUUUACAUAUCUAUUAUAUCUCUGGAUAAUAAAUUGCAGCAUGACCAGUAUGUAAUUAUUAUUUUGCGUUUGCUAGGAUUUGGGUAACUGGUCUUUUUUGUUUAAUGUAUCUUGCGUCACCUUUUCAUUCGACAUUCUAAAGUGUAAUUUAUAAUUACAUUAGUUACAGCCACAUUGUGUUAGGGGAGUAACUAUUGGUAGGGAAAUGUACAUAGUGUUUAUAAAAUCAUAGUUUAUUUGUAUGAAAACGUUCUCAUUAAGUGUUUUAUUUGUAGACGUUGUAAACUAGAAUAAUAAUGUUCACUAAAGAGGAGAAAAUGGUUGUCACACGCCUUUACGUGCGCCGACAAAAGAAAAAAGGGAGACAAGAUUUUUUUUCAUAAAUUUCGAAAACUUGGUAUGUCAAAGUCACUACUUAGACAGCGACUUGAUACUUUCAUACUAUUUUCAAUUACUUUUUUGAAUACUGUAUGAUGCCUGCAGAUACAAAUGGUCUAUUCAUUUUUCGUAGUUUCUGUUCUUUGAAGUUCGUUAACAAGAAGCCGAAUGAUUGAUCUUGACAGACCAGAUUUUUGAAAUUAGCGAAAAAAAUAUCACAUUUUAGUAUGUCAAUCCACGUCAUCGUGCAUUAACGACUGCUACUCUCUUCUUUAGUAAACAUUAUUCUUCUAGUUUAAAACACCUACAAAUAAAGCGAUAAAUAAGAAAGUUUUCAUACAAAUGGGUUGAGAUUUAUUAAAACAUUUUAUAUUGAAUCAUUGUGAUAAAUAUAUUUGCGAGCUCUAACCUAUCUAUUCAACGUUUUUUAAGUUGACUAUGAUUUUUAAUGGUAAAUUACUACGAUGAAAUUUACGUAUGGCUAGAGUAUCAAAUGUCUAGAGAAAGUGUUACAUUUUUAAGGUAGGUUAUAUACAAUAGCUUGUUUAAAUUUGUAAAUUCAGCAGCUAUGACGUUUAAGUAAUAUAUAUUCUUGUAUGUUACAUCUAUACUUGAUAUUAUUAAAGAACACUGUUGUAUUUAUUUAAAAAAUGUUUGCCCGAAUAACAUGGAAUGAAUGAAGAAUACUCCGUAAUUAUCGGGUUCGAUUUUUCUAUAUAGGGUUAUUCAGGAAUAUUGCAUCAAUUGAAACUGUACUUGGCGCGAAACUCGACCGAGUUUCUUGAUUAGUCCGUUAAUUUAAAUUUGUAAAACAUACAAUUUCGGCUAAUCUAGUAUUCGAACAUUAUGUGGAAACACGUCCCACAAAAGCAUUAUGGUAGUUAGAGGAUAAUAAAAGCGAUCCCUGAAUAAGAUGCUAUAUGUUUUAUGUAUAUUUAAUCAUACGUAAUUUAUCUCAGCUGAUCGGAAAUAAAGCGCUUGUUUUAGAUAUUAACAAAUAGACAAGGGAAAGAAUAACGUGA